AUGGCCGGGAUCGGCAUCGACCACUCCAAGUUGCCCGGAGUCAAAGAAGGUGGGGGUCAUCCAGGUUGGGGGCCGGGGGAGCAGGCUGCCGGGCAGGGACUGGAGGAGCUGGCCAGGACGAAGCUCCGCGAGGGCGGUUCGCGGCGCCCCCCCUGGAGCCGGGUCAGCGCAGCGGACGGGGCUCCGUGCUCCGGCCGCCACACGGCCGCUCGGGGUGGGUGGGUGGGCGGGCUGGCUGGCUGGCUGGCUGGCUGCGUGGGGCCCUUCGGGGUGUGCCGCAGCUGUCCCGCUCCCCUGUGCGUGGCUUUCGGCGACUGUGAGGAACCCCAGGAGCGCAGGGUAAGGGUGGGCUGUGAGCGGCUCCGCUUGCCCGUUGGUGUCCAGCUGCAGCGGUGCCGGUUCAGCUUGUGCAGAGUACCUGGAUUCGCCCUCAUGUGUCGGGACUUUGCUGUUCUGGAAGAUCACACCUUGGCCCAUAACUUACAGGAGCAAGAGAUUGAGCAUCACUUGGCAACAAACGUUCAGCGUAAUCGUCUGGUGCAACAUGACUUGAAGGUGGCCAAGAAGCUGCAGGAGGAGGAGGAUCUGAAAGCACGUGCUCAGAAACACCAAAAGGACUUGGAACGGCAGGACUGUGAGAUUGCUCAGGAAAUCCAAGUGAAGCUGGUGUUUGAAGCGGAGCAGCGCCGCAGGCAAGAGGAGAAAGACGAGGACAUUGCCCGUCUCCUACAACUGCAGGAAGAAAAGAAGCACAAGACGCACUACCCAGAACCCCAGGGACACACAGUCUAUGAAGACAGCUAUUAUGCAGAGAAUGGAGGCACCAGGUUGAGAGGGUCACAGCAGGCCAUGUAUGAUAAACCCCAGAGUGAACAGGAGCUGUCUGAUGCUGAGAUUGCUCGGAAGCUGCAGGAGGAAGAGCUUCUGGCUAGUGAGGCAGAUCAGAAGGCAGCUCAAGUAGCUCAAGAUGAGGAAAUUGCCCGACUCUUAAUGGCUGAGGAGAAAAAGGCUUUCAAGAAAGGAAAGGAGAGAGAAAAGUCUUCCUUGGAAAAGAGGAGACAUGAUCAAGACUGGAAGCGUGAUGCAAGCGAGUCCACGUGCUCAAGGUCAAAAGAAGGGCCUGAAGCUCAGCGGCACAAAGGCGACAGGUCUGCAAGAUCACAGCCUCAUCUGGAUGACUUUGAACGUUCUCGGUAUUACACGAGCCAGCCCAGCCCUUCACGCCAGAUCCCCAAACCUGAGCUCUCCCCUAAAGGCUCCCGUAGGAAGCAGUAAGCUGUGCUAAGCCUUUGCUUGGGUACUGACUCUUCUGUAGCAAACAUUACUGGAAUUUGCCAGGCAACUUUCUUGAUUCCUUACACAAUGGGAGGUCCACCUUCCUCUCCCAGGAUCUCCUCUUAGGUGUCAUCAUAUUAAGGAGCAUUGUUUGUUUCAAUUUCUUACCCAGAGGUGAUGGCUGGAGCAGGACAGUGCAAUCUAGCUGCCACUGAGCUAUGUAAAUCAACCAGCUGGCUGUAACAGCUCCCUUUGACCUUCUUUCCAGGCUUGCCUUUUAAUUUUUAAGCUUUGGCUGGAGCUCUGACAAACAGGAAAAAGAGAAACAUGUUCAACAGGGAGGAAAAAAUUAAAGAUCUGAGCUGAGUUUAAAAAGAUGCAAAAAAUUGGGAGUACAAGUCCUUUCCAUGUCAGGAUGGCUUAGCAAAGAGUUCUAAGAGGAAGUCUGGAGAAGAGAAGGCUCUGAGGAGACCUUAUUAUGGCCUUCCAGUAUCUGAAGGGGGCCUACAAGAAAGCUGGUGGGGGACUUUUUAGGCUGUCAGUUAGUGAUAGGCCUGGGGGGAAUGGAGCAAAACUAGAAAUGGGUAGAUUCAGAUCAGAUGUUAGGGAGAAAUUCUUCCCCAUGUGGGUUGUGAGACACUGGCACAGGUUGCCCAGGGAGGUGGUGGAAGCCUCAUGC